AUGUCAGAGAUCGAGCAGAAACCCAGGAAUGGUUACUUUACAUCCUUGGGUGUGGCCGGAUACCCCAUUCCAAAGGACCCAUGUGGAUUUCUCAGGACCAUUCCUAGAGAAGAAUUUUUCCAUGUGGUGAACGCUUAUUCGAAAUGGAUGCAGGUCAUACUGAUGUGUAGAACCACCACCGAAGCUACGAUUCAAGCACCUCGAGAUCUUUUUGCUAGAUAUGGAAUCCCCGAAAUCUUAGCGUCUGACAACGGACCACAAUUUACAUCAGUUGAAUUUAAAGAAUUCUUAGUAAGGAUGGGAGUCAAGCAUCUGAAGUCGGCACCCUAUCACCCAAAGUCAAAUGGUGCGGUGGAGAAGUGUGGUCAAACAUUUAAAAACGCAAUGGGGGCCAUGAGCAAACAACCAGGAAAGGUCAAUGAGAAACUAUCAACCUUUCUAUUUCAGUAUAGGAACACGCCCCACUCUACAACUGGAGCACCACCAACCGAGCUAUUUCUGAGAAGGAGAGUACGUUCAAGGUUCAGCAUGUUACAACCCACUUCAGCCAGCAACAUAAAAAGAAAACAACUUAGGCAGCAAGAACAAGCACCCCAAAGCAAAAAAGAUUUUGACGUUGGAGAGAAAGUUUGGUUAAGGGAUUAUCGAGGAACAGAUAAAUGGGUAGAUGGAGUGGUUAUCGAAAAACCAGGAGUUGUCAAUUACCACAUCCAAAGCAAAGAGAGAGUUGUACACAGACAUGCUGAUCAACUGAAAAGAGAUGAUAGACUUACGACCACUGGUCCAGAUAUUUCAGUAGACCGCUCAGAAAAAGACCAACCCUCACCUAUCGAAUCAGAAGAUCGAGAGGAUCCGACUCGCCAAGCCGAGGUUACACCUCCGAUGACAAGGAGAAAUCCAGCUCGAAAUAGACGUCCUCCCGAACGUUUAGAUUUGUAG